CAGCAACAGUUUUUGUAACGCGACUGCACCGAGCGUGCAUUUUGAGCCUCUUUGCUUCCCAUAAGAGGGACGGGCUGAGCCUCGCCGGUCACCAUAGGUCCCGGUUGACAGGCAAUGGCCUCGAAGCUGAGGCACCGAGCCAGCGGCAGAGGGGCAGCCUCCAGCAGGCAGUCGCAGGACGGGAGCCUCCUUCCCGGGGGAGAGAGCAGCCGGCUGGCCCGAGGGGAGAGCAAAGCGGAGGAGAGAGGCGCAGAGAGCAGGGAGGGCUUGUGCCCAGCCCACUUUAUUUCCCCUUACCAUCGAUAUUUGCCCCUUUCUAGGCAAUCAGGUGCUAAAGCAGGACAAGUGUGGGCACCCGAGGGUUCUACAGCCUUUAAAUGUCUCAUCUCUGCACGGUUCUGCGCAGCAUUACUCAGUAACAUUUCAGACUGCGAUGAAACGUUCAACUAUUGGGAACCUACACACUUUUUGCUAUAUGGAACGGGAUUCCAGACCUGGGAAUAUUCUCCAGCAUAUGCCAUUCGCUCCUACGCUUAUCUUUGGCUACAUGUUUUACCUGCUUGGUUCCAUGCAAGAGUUCUGCAAACCAACAAGGUACUUGUCUUCUACUUCUUACGAUGUCUCUUAGCCUUUUUCUGCUGCAUUUGCGAGUUGUACUUCUACAAAGCUGUUUGCAAGAAGUUUGGGCUCCAUGUUGGGCGGUUAAUGCUGGCGUUCAUGGUUUUGAGUACUGGGAUGUUCUGCUCAGCAGCUGCAUUUCUGCCCAGUAGCUUCUGCAUGAACACAACUCUAAUUGCAAUGACUGGCUGGUUUACGGAUAAGAAUGCUGUGGCUAUACUGGGAGUAGCAGCCGGAGCCAUUUUGGGAUGGCCCUUCAGUGCAGCUCUUGGGUUACCAAUAGCAUUUGACCUGGUGGUACUGAAGAGAAAGUUCCAGAGUUUUAUUAUAUGGACAGUAGUGGCUUUGCUGCUCUUUCUGCUCCCCCUUGUUGUGGUGGACAGUUAUUACUAUGGGAAGUUGGUGGUUACCCCCCUGAGAAUAAUUAUUUACAACGUUUUUACCCCACACGGACCUGACAUUUAUGGCACCGAGCCGUGGUCAUUCUAUUUUAUCAACGGAUUCCUCAAUUUCAAUGUGGGUUUCGCUCUGGCUCUCUGUGCGCUGCCUCUAACUGCCCUCAUGGAGUUCUUGCUGCAAAGAUUUAAUGUGCACAAUCUUGGCCGUCCCUAUUGGCUGACCCUCUCACCCAUGUACAUCUGGAUUCUGAUAUUCUUCACUCGACCUCACAAAGAAGAACGUUUCUUAUUUCCAAUCUACCCUCUCUUCUGCCUCUGUGGGGCAGUUGCUCUCUCUGCUUUGCAGAAGUGCUACCAUUUCUUAUUCCAACGUUACCGUCUCGAGCAUUACACCGUCUCCUCAAAUUGGCUUGCUUUGGGCACCGUCAUCCUCUUUGGAUUUCUCUCUCUCUCUCGCUCAGUGGCUUUAUUCAGAGGUUACCAUACUCCGCUUGACCUAUAUCCAGAAUUUCACAGGAUUGCCACAGACCCAAGCAUUCAUACAGUGCCUGAGGGGAGACUGGUCAAUGUUUGUGUUGGAAAGGAAUGGCAUCGAUUUCCCAGUAGCUUUCUCCUACCCGACAACUGGCAGCUCCAGUUCAUUGCUUCUGAAUUUCGUGGCCAGCUCCCAAAGCCCUAUGCGAAAGGACCGAAGGCAACUCAAAUCCACCCAAUGGACAUGAAUGACCAAAACGCCGAAGAACCCUCCAGAUAUGUUGACAUCAAACAGUGUAAUUAUUUGGUCGACCUUGAUAGAGAAGUAGAGACGCCUCGUGAGCCAAGGUAUUCUGCGAAUAAAGAAGACUGGAUGAUCAUAGCUUACAAACCAUUCUUAGAUGUCACAAGGUCAUCACAGCUUUUCCGUGCUUUCUACAUUCCCAUCUUGUCUGAGCAGCACACAGUGUACGCAAACUAUACAAUUCUGAAACCAAGGCGAUCGAAGCCACUGCGGAGAAAGAGUGGAAGCUAGAACAUGCUCUGGCAAGAGAGGGGGAGCGAGGAAUCGCAGUCAGAGACAAUGACUGCUAAGCUCUGUGCUGUCUUGUCUCAGCUAAUCAGUAGAUGUUUACAUUUCUUGCCUGCCCUGUAAUAAUGUAUGAAAAGUCAAUCAUGUGCCCUGCCUGUAUUUUUCCUUUCUUGUGCAUUCCCUGAGAAUUGUUGUGACUUUCGGACAAGACUAUGGACCAUCUGCUGUAGCCCACCAAGGAUAAAUUAAAGAUGCAUUCCACAUAUCAGUAAA